AUGCUCAAAUCUAAAUCGCUCACUGCUCUAUUCUCCUUAAGGCAGACACCUCCAUUAAUCAAGCUGCGUGUCGUCUUCGAUAACCCAGAAUCACGAGCAACGCCAUUCACCGUGUCGUUCCCAGCGAGUUAUACUGUCAGAGAUCUCAAGGCUGAGAUCGUCAAGCAGGAGAAGCUGCGUGGACGUGGUGACCUAUUUGAGCUGAUAGACGAUGAGGAACUACUCCUCAACUGUAUUCGCAUCUACAAGACACAGAUCGACGUUGGCGCAGAAGCUCAGUUCAGACAACACAACAAACAGCACUUGCAAAACACUUCGAUACUGUCUUACUUUGAAGGUUCGUAUCUGAGCGAUGACGACAUGCAAGUGAGCAAUCUUAUCAAGCGUGGUAAGAAGGGUACUGGGGGGUGGGUUAAGCGUGACGAUAUUAUACACCUGAUUGCAAGGGUUGUCCCGUUUGCCAACGACACUCACACUCUCCUCGCCUCUUUCCAGGAUGACAUCAGCAUCCAAGACAAGACCCCUCCUAUCAUAGUCGACGCGGAUGGCGAUUGGACGGUGGGACAGCUGAAGAAAACUCUCAUUCGCGCUGAUGGCAGGGCAAUCAAUCCUGCUAAAACACUUAUUUAUGCCACUGACUGUGUUUUUUCACCCGGUACUGACUCAUCACUCAUGGAACGCGCGGCUAAAGUACCCUUGCGCGUAGAGUCGCUCAAAAUUAGCAAUUUCUUUCCACCUACAAGCCACCUUGACAGAAUAUCCAUCGUCGUCUCCUUCGACGUGAAGGACUUGCCCGCCAAAGUGCGCUACGAGCAUCCGCGACGCCGCUUUGUGUAUGAUCCACGACUCACUACUCGCGAGAAGCCGACCAAAUGGAAGCCGUCUAAGCGUGGAGCUAUGCGCAGUGGUGAUAGCGAUAAGGAGGACGGUAAGGGGGCUGAUAAGAAGGGUAUGCCCACUCAACCUUUCAUGUCUCUCCCGCAGCUUGAUUUUGACGGUGUAGAUCGUGUGAACAGGUCGAAUACUGUCAAUGACUCGCACACCUCUCACACCUCUCACACCUCCCACACCCCUCGCACACCAACAGACGAUCAGCAAUUGAUAAGUAAGCAAAAUGAACCUCAAUACAACUUCCUCGGCGGUGACUCUGAUACCUCUGCAUCACUAGCCAUUGCAUUAGCUUCUUUUGAUAAGCAGUUGGUAUUGUAG